AUGGUUUUCAAUUUUCAUGUGGUCGUGUGCGCGUUGUUGGCGAUCGUCGUCGGCGGAUGCCGCGCGGGCGACCUUCAGACGUUCACGGUGACCGACGUGGCGUACUUGGAUGUGGAAGUGGCCGGCACCGAGUUGGGUACGAUCGAGAUCGGUCUUUUUGGCGAAAUCGCUCCGAAAACGGUGGCCAACUUUGUCACGAUUCUGACGGCAGGCAUUGACGGCCGCACUUACGCCGGCACCAAAUUCCAUCGGGUGUUCAACAAGUUUGCCAUCCAAGGUGGAGACAUAUUGAACAACGACGGAAGCGGGUCCGUAAGCAUAUACGGCGACACGUUUCCCGACGAAAACCUGAAAGUGAACGGAACAAAGCCGGGAUUCGUGGGAAUGGCCAAUUCAGGUCCAGACACGAACGGAUGUCAGUUUUUCAUAACGACCAGGUCCACGCCGAGCCUGAACGGCGAGCACGUAAUGUUUGGCAUCGUGGUCGAAGGACAAGAGGUCAUACAUGCCAUCGAAAAGCAGUUGACUGACCAUCUGGGUAGGCCCACCAAAGAGAUACGAAUCUCGAGAUGCGGCUUGCUGAAGCGACGGCCGCCAUUUGACGUCACAGACCAUCCGCGCAAUUCGAAUGUUUGGAAAUGGAUAGUUGCGUCUGCCCUACCGGUUUCAAUGUCCACUGCUAUUUUGUUACUAUUCCAGUGGAUGAUUGCUCAAAUCAACAAAGCGAUCAUCUAA